AUGUUUGGUCGAAUUGGAGGUCAAGCACUUCGUUGCUCGAGGCGCCCGGUCGCACGUCGGAGACUGUGCGCCCGAAACUUCUCUGCGCAUACCGGUACCGGGGCUACAACUGCUGCAUCUGCCCCUUCACCUCUAGCAGGAAUCACCGCGGAGCUAGAUCGCAUUGCGCCUCGGUUCGAGGUGCCAGCGUCUCAGAUUCAUAUCAUUGAUACUCCAGCCAAUUUCUAUUCCACAUUGAAGGAUAAAAUCCGCAAUGCCCGGCGGCGCGUUUACCUCUCCACUUUAUACAUCGGCAAGACAGAGCAUGAUCUUGUGGAAGCCAUAAGCGAUGGUCUUCGUAACAACCCGGAUCUCAAGGUCUCGAUUCUGACGGACGCUCUUCGCGGCACACGAGAAACCCCUAAUCCUUCAUGUGCGUCGCUUCUCUGCUCGUUGGUGGCAGAGUAUGGACCGGAACGUGUUGAGAUUCGGAUGUUCCAUACACCCAACUUGACUGGCUGGAAGAAGAAAUGGAUUCCUCGUCGGAUAAAUGAAGGCUGGGGCUUGCAACACAUGAAGCUGUAUGGCAUUGACGACGAAAUCAUUCUGUCGGGCGCAAAUUUGUCCGAAGAAUACUUCACCCACCGACUGGACCGAUAUCAUGUGUUCAGCGUGAAGGCUCUUGCCGAUUACUACUCUACAAUCCACCAUGCGAUCUGCAACCUGAGCUUCCAGGUGCUCCCAGACCCUCAGGACAAGUCCAAAUAUGUGUUGAACUGGCCUGCCGCAAACAAGGCUCCGUCUCCCCUCGACUGCCCCAAAGACUUCAUCAAACAUUCCUCGACCUAUCUGACCCCGAUCGUCCGGUCCACCGACAAUAAACCUGCAAUUGCAUCCGAAGAAAGUCGGACAUAUGUAUACCCUGUAUCACAAUUUACCUCCCUUCUGCAACCUAACGAUACAUCCACCGAUUUCCCCGCCGUGUCAACCGUGCUGGGCCUUCUAUCUAGCUCAUCGGCAUUUGCCGGAGCGCGUUGGCUUUUCACAGCAGGAUACUUUAAUAUCCACCCCGUCCUCUCCUCCCUCCUAAUCUCAAGCACAACUACUGCCUCGAACACGCCUACCACCACUCAGGGCACAGUUCUCACGGCUUCGCCAUGGGCCAAUGGAUUCUACGGCUCAUCCGGAAUUUCGGGGAUGCUACCAGCCGCAUACACACACCUGUCAGCUCGAUUCCUCGACCGUGUUGCCAAGGCGAAAGCUUCUGAUUUCAUUCAGCUCAAAGAAUGGCGCAAGGGAACGGUCGGCACGCCGGGCGGGUGGACCUACCACGCAAAAGGUCUUUGGGUUACGUUGCCUAACGAGCAACACCCCAGUCUCACUUUCGUCGGUAGUAGCAACUACACCAAGCGUAGCUACAGCUUAGAUCUCGAGGCUGGUGCGCUGGUUGUGACCACUGAUGAAGAGCUCAAGCGCAAGCUUGGUGAGGAGACAGAGCGUCUGCAGAAAGACGCUAGUCCUGUCUCAAGGGAUGACCUCAGGCGGACUGAGCGUCGUGUGACUUGGAACGUGAGGCUUUCCAUGUGGAUCGUGGAGAAGGUCGGCGGUGCUUUCUAG